AUGCGCAGUAAAACGUAAACAUCAACAUCACGUGAUACCGGCUUCCCCAAGUUUUUCUUUCACUUGUUGGAAUAACUCCGUAUUGUCAGUUUUUCGUCUGUCCAGUCUUGAAAUUUAGUUUGAAUCAAAAACAAACUUUGCUUAGCAGUCCAAUGCCGAUUGCUGGCCUCCAUUUUUAAAAGUGAAGAACGUCUGGAUCUGCGUGUUACGUCAUAUCUGAGCAUGCGCUGAAAAAACGCACCCGGGAUAAAUUUAAACAGGAAAAGAUCAAAUUCAAUCUUGCUAAUAUUUUAUAAUUAAACUCGGGACAUGUUUUAUAUAGAUAUAUAUUUUCUUUUUUAAUAAAACUGGACUUGUGAAUGGCGUAUAGAAGGGUUUAGAUUCUGUUUCACAGAUGGCGCUAAUGCACACGAAAGCUGCUUGCCAACCGCCAAUAAACAACAGAAGAAGAAAAACAACACGAAGAAGAACGCACCCUGACAAAUUUCCGUUUGAGCGGGUACAAGAUACCUGAAUUGGAUUGGGCAAAGAAAUAUUCCAUCCCUGUUCAAUUCUUUCCGUUUGAGCAAAUAUACCAAAUGCAAUUGGAAUAUUUGGGUCCAUAUAUUCAUGGCUAUUGACAUAAUAUAAUGUUAAUGCUAUAAAAAGUGAUAUUUGAUAACGAAAUUGCCAACGAAAUGCCUGGCUCCCGUGUAAUCAUAAAUAAUAAAUAAUAAUGUGGAGAAUAGAUAGAUGACAUCAAAUGUGAUCAACAACGUACAGCGUAAACAAUAAAUUGCACAAAUAAUUUAAAUAAUUUUGGAUAAAUAAUAAUAAAUAAAGUUUUGCGUGUCCAAGAUGGCGGCGCCCUGUACGGCUGCGGCUGCUUUGGCCUCCGCUAUAAAUCCCGUGACCUCCAUCACGGUGGACUACAGCUGCUCCAGCGGUAUGGUGACUGUAAUGUGGGAUUUGGUGUUCGGGGCCAAUUUGUACCGGGCUACGGCCGUCGAUGGCACCGGCAUGUCCCUCAACUGUACCUCAGCCUCCAACAGCUGUCAGAUCACCAUGCUCAAGUGUGGCGAAAAGUACCAUGUCCACGUGACAGCCAUCUCGGACGACUGUGAGAGCAGAUCCAACAUCUCCACCCUGUUUGAGACGGUACCCUGUGCUCCUGCUAAUCCAAUGACCAGCCAUGACUGCUCCAGCAAUGUGAUCAGCUUCAGCUGGGAACCAACCAACAACACGUUCUACUACGUGGCCAUGGCUGAGGACAACACCGGCCAAGUGACAGAGUGCAGGACGCAAGACAGCGCCUGCUACUUCACCAAUACAGGCUGUGGUCAAUUCUACAUGUACACCGUGUACGCUGUCAGCUCCGGGUGCAACAGCGAAGUCAGUCAGCCUGAGUUUGUACGAACCUCGCCUUGUCUUCCCACAAACAUAAGGACAGCAGCAGAGUGUAAUUCCGAAACCCUGAUCACUACCUGGGAUUCAGCUGCUGGAGCUCUAUCCUAUACCAUAGAGGCACAGGGCAACACCGGAGAAACCUACAACUGCACCUCGUCCUCCAACAGUUGUGCAGUGACCGGUGUUUCUUGCGGUGAACACCUCAGCGUGUGGAUCGUCGCCUCCAAUGAUAACUGCUCCACCAGCAGGGUGCUGGGAGAGGUGGCUGAGACUGUUCCUUGCACCCCCACCAUUGCUUCGGUGUCUGCCAAAUGCAGUCAAGAUUCUGCGAGAAUCAACUGGACGACGAGCAUUGGUGCCAUUUUUUACAUCGCUGUUGUUGAGGAUUUGGAUGGGAAUUCAUACAGUUGCAGUUCAGUUGACACUGACUGCUUAGUGGAAGGCCUGAGAUGCGCACAGAAUUACACGGCCUAUAUUAUUGGAACCAAUCUUAAGUGUAACAGUAGCGCCAGUGAGGAGAUAGCUUUCUCUACUGCACCUUGUCCCCCUGAUAAUAUUGAGGCAUUCAGAGACUGUGAUGCCAACCGUGCUCUGAUAGUCUGGCAAAACCACCAGUCCACUGGCAUCUAUACUGCAACCAUUGAGGAUCAGAGUGGAGCUCAACUUACCUGCAACAGCAACACUGUCAACAAUUGUAAAAUCCAUGAUCUACCCUGUGGAAAGACAUACAGCGUCACUGUCACGAACAGUGACGGAAGCUGCUCAUCUACCUCCACAUCCAUAAGCAUGGACUCAGUACCAUGUGGUCCAGAGGAUCUUGAAGCUAGUAUCGAUUGUGCUACUGGUGAGCUGACUAUGACUUGGAACAUCACUGUUCCUGCGGAGAACUAUACGGCUACCAUUUCCAGGGGCAUGGGUCAGCCCAUAUAUUGUAAUGCCUCAGAAACCCAGUGUACCACAGGAGGGCUGGUGUGCGGCAGUACUUACUCUGUGACAGUCAUGUCGGUCACCGGAUCCUGCUUCAGUCUUCCCAGUCCAGAAGCCACUGUGAGAACAUUGCCUUGCCCUCCUACUGGGGUCACUGUGGGGUCAGGGUGCACUUCAUCAGCUCCUGUGUCAUGGGUGGCCAGCGACAGUGCUGAAUACUACACUGUUUUUGCUGUGAGCGGCUCUGGACACACCUUAGAAUGUACCACCAAUGAAACAUUGUGUAGCCUCUCUGGUAUCCAGUGUGGGGAAGUGUACAACAUCAGCGUCGCAGGAGUGGAUGACAACUGCACAGGUCUACAGGGAGACACCGUGGAGCUGUACGCAGGGCCGUGCAGCCCCACUAAUGUGUCCGGCCAGUUGGACUGCUUGGCUGGCACCGUUCAUCUGUCCUGGGCCCCAUCUCCAAAUGCUGUGGAUUAUGUUGCAGUGGUCAAUAAUACUGAAAACACACACAGCUGCUUCAGCUUAACUAACAAUUGCACUAUAACUAAUCUUCUUUGUGACAACUCAUAUGAAAUUUUUGUGGACGUCUAUGAUGGGAACUGUAUCAGCCCCUUUAGCUCACCCCAGAGACUCGGACCAGUGCCGUGCGCUCCAGUGGACGUCUACACCAACUUGUCAUGCAGCGACGAUAACGUAAUGGUGAGCUGGGCGAACUCUUCUUGGCCAUUCAACUACAGCGUCACAGCCACUCCUCUGUAUGGAAAUAUGACUUCAAGCACUUGCCACACUGAAAGAACUAACUGUAGUCUGAGUGACCUUCACUGUGGCCAGACUUACAAUGUGUCUGUGAGAGCCAUUUCUGGAGAUUGCAGUGGGCCAUACAGCAUCCCCCAGACCAUCGAGACAGCCACUUGUGCACCUCAGAACUUGCAAGCAAUGACAGAUUGUGGUACAAACUCCAUUUGGGCCUCGUGGGAUGAUUCUAUGGGUGCUACCUCCCAUACAGCAACUAUGACUGGACCCGAUGGCUUCUCUGAAACAUGCUCUACACCGGGCGUCAUGUGUUCUUUUAGUAAUCUCCAAUGUGCCACAGAGUACAGCAUUGAAGUAGAAUCACACGGCCACUACUGCACCAGCUCCUCCAUUCAAAUGACGACAACCACAGGACCGUGUGACCCAGUCAAUGUGACCACCGUCCUCCAGUGUGGCUCAAAUGCAGCUACAGUGUCAUGGAAUGCAAGUGCCGGGGCCACAGCAUACACAGUUUUGGCUCACAAAUACGGUUCACAGUAUCAAACAUCCUGCUGGGCCAUGGCAACUUCCUGUCAGCUGGAUGGGCUUCAGUGUGGAACAACAUACAACCUGACUGUGCUAGCUGAAGACGGCACAUGUAACAGCACUGGAGAGACCACAGCAAUCCUGACGACAGCUCCAUGCUCGCCAUCCAUUGAGAAUAGCACCCAAAUCUGUGGUGCUAAUUCCUCCUCUCUGUCAUGGAUGCCAGUGGCCGAUGCCAUAGGUUACACAGUCAAUGCAACAUCCGCAAGCGGCCACUCAGUGUUCUGCAUCUCAGACACUCCAACGUGUGCACUGACAGACCUAGCAUGUGGUGAGACCUACACAGCCACUGUCAUGGCUCAGGGAAUGCAGUGUGACAGCCCACUCGGACCAAGUGCUAACAUUAUUACAGCUCCCUGUCCUCCAAUGCUCCUAUCAAAGCAGUACAUGUGUAGCAACAAUACAGCUGUGCUCAGUUGGAGUGACACUGUCGGACAUCUUGGCUUCCAAGCGCAGAUUGCAGGAGAGGGAUAUGUAGGCAGCUGUAGGACUACAAGUACCAGUUGUGUAGUCCAUGAUCUACCUUGCGGCCUGGAUCUCAAUGUUACAGUGCAGACUGAGGGGGCACAGUGCAACAGCACCCCAAGUGUCUGUCAAACGUUACAAACUGCCCCGUGCGCCCCAGAGAACAUUAGCGCCACACUUGUGUGUUUAAAUCACUCGGCCCUGGUGUCAUGGGUGGGAAGCCCCAGUGCUGUAGAAUACACAGUGACAUCUACAGGCCAGGAUGGACACACACAUGAAUGUCACACCAACACAACCAGCUGUAAACUGACACAUAUUCACUGUGGUGAAACGUAUAACAUCACCGUAACACCGCACUCUGAGUCAUGUGCUGGAUACCCGAGUCAAGUCUACAUCUUCAGAGCAGGUCUUUGUCCUCCUGAGAAUGUCACCAUUUCCUCAGUAUGUCAGGACAACCCCACUGUGUCUUGGUCCAGUGUAGCCAAUGCUGAAAUGUACAUUGCAACAGCGACAGCUGAUGAUGGACACACGUAUAAUUGCAGCUCCAACAUGUCUGCCUCAUGCCAGUUCACUGAGCUCCACUGUGCACAAACGUACAUCGUCACCGUGGUUACUGUUGACCGGGGCUGUUGGAGUGAGCCUAGCUCUGCUGUGGAAGUGACCACAGCUCUGUGUCCGCCCACUAACUUGAUGGGCCAAGUCGCCUGCAAUACCAAUGCUGUGACCAUCUCAUGGGAUGACAGCUUAGAUCCGUGGGAUGCCUAUAUUCUGGAAUAUGAACUUCUUAGCGGCCCGCCUUUUACUUCAACGAUCACAACCACAUUCACCUCACACAAUUUGACCAGCCUGCAGUGUGGACAGAGAUAUGCCUUCACCAUUGCAGUUCAGAAAGACCUUUGCCAGAGCAGCUACAGCCCUCCUCUGGAAUUAAGUACAGCACCCUGCCAGCCCACAAACUUCACCGCUCAUGUAGACUGCGGGUCAAACAAAGGCAACUUCUCCUGGUAUGAAAGCAACGGGGCAGCUUUUUACACCGUGGAGGUGACAGGGGAACACGGCCAUGUGGCAUCCUGUUCCUCCAAUGACACGUCCUGCGCUGUGAGACUCCACUGCGGUCGUUCAUACUUGGGCUCCCUGGUGGCAUCCACCGAGAGCUGCAACAGUACCGAACAUGCCAAUAUUUAUUUCAACUCGGCUCCUUGUCUUCCUGAAGAUGUCCUAGCUGUACUAGACUGUGACUCCAAUGAGAUGAACGUAAGCUGGUCUGAAACCCCUGGCUCGGACAACUACACGGCCUGGGCCAUCAGCGCUUCCGGACACACAGUCUCCUGUAACUCCACAUACAACAAUUGUUCCAUCACUGACCUGCAGUGUGGCCACGUCUAUGAGGUGGUUGUCACCUCGUCCUCCGUUCACUGUGAAAUCAUUGCCGGUUCUGACUAUAAGGUCCAAGCGGCGCCGUGUAAAGUGGAAAACACCACAGCAGAUCUGAACUGCAGCCACAACAUCAUGACAGUGAUGUGGGAUCAAGUCACCUCACUGGCUCAGAACUUCACAGUAAAAGCUACGUCUCCUUCAGGUGUUAACUCCACUUGUGAAAGCAGUGAUAGGGUAUGUUCCUUCCUGGACCUGAGCUGUGGUCAACUCUACACUUUCACUGUGACGGGUCACACCAAUGUCUGCAUGAGCGCCAUGAGCUACCCCACAGAGAAGCUAACUGCACCGUGCCCCCCUGGAAAUGUGUAUGCGGAGAUGAACUGUACCAGUCGAAAAGCUAUGGUCAGCUGGACAACCGCUGCUGCAGCCACAGCCUACAGCGUCCAGGCAACCUCCACCAACGGUCACAACUCCUCCUGCAGUGACAUGGGAACAUCAUGUGAUCUGAAGAAUCUGGUCUGUGGACAAAACUACUCGGUGGUGGUAGAGGCGAUGCAUUCUGGGUGUGCCGGUCUGACCAGUAGUCCAGUCUGGUUUGCUACAGAACCCUGUGUUCCCAUGGAUGUCUCCGUGUACUACAAUGUAAGCGAUACUCAUGUUCAAUGGAGUGCGGCGAACGGUGCAAGUUCCUACUCAGUGCGAGCUGUAAAUGACGCGGGCUGGGCAGCCACAUGUACCACCUCCACAACCGACUGCCAUUUGAGUGGCCUGCAGUGCAGUGAGAUCUACAAUGUCACAGUGACAGCACACAGCCAGGCUUGUGACAGUUUCACCUCCGAUACCAGGCAGCUUAAGACUGAACCCUGCACGCCCACGAAUGUUCAGGCCAGUGUGCAGUGUGAACAACUUACAGCAACUGUUUCCUGGGAUCGGAGUGAGCUUGCUGUGGGUUAUGUCGCCUACUUUGACGACUCAUACUACACAUACUACACUUUGACCUGUGAGGCUGCAGACACAGACACCAGUUGCGUUGUCUCAGGACUGAUGUGCGGCACAUAUUAUUAUGUGUCGGUCAAAGCCUUGGGAGAGGAGUACAACAGCUCUUACAGCACAAUGGUCUUGCUCACAUCAGCUCCUUGUCAACCGAGCGGUAUUGAGGCUGUUCUGGACUGCGAAACCAAGUCCGCUGCUAUAUCUUGGCUACCCAGCACCGGAGUCAUGUCUUACCUGGCUGAAGUUACAGCCAUGUUGGGCCACACCACCAGCUGCACCACCAACUACACCUACUGUCUGCUGACAUCUCUGCAGUGUGGACAAGAAUACAACGUCACUGUGACGACUGUGGGCGAGACUUGCAACAGUACUAGUCAAAUGUCCGGAUACCUCACCACAGAGCCUUGUGUUCCCAUGAAUCUGUCCAUCUACUUCAGUAUCGGUGAAGCUCGCGUCAUGUGGAACACAGCAAAAGGCGCCGAGUCUUCAUUUGUCCAGGCUGUGACUGACCAGGGAUUGACAGCCAACUGCAGCACCAACGGCACCCACUGCACCUUGACCGAUUUAGAGUGCGGUCAGAUCUACAACGUUACUGUGACUGCACACAACAAGGUCUGCAACAACACAGCUGUAUCUGGAAGCUACCAACUCAUGACAGAGCCCUGCCCACCCACCAACGUUCAGGCCAGUGUGCAGUGUGAACAACUUACAGCAACUGUUUCCUGGGAGCUGAGUGAGCUUGCUGUGGGUUAUGUCGCCUACUUUGACGACUCAUACUACAUUUUGACCUGUGAGGCUGCAGACACAGACACCAGCUGUGUUGUCUCAGGACUGAUGUGCGGCACAUAUUAUUAUGUGUCAGUCAAAGCAUUGGGAGAGGAGUACAACAGCUCUUACAGCACAAUGGUCUUGCUCACAUCAGCUCCGUGCCUGCCCACUAGCAUAGAAGUCGACGUUGAUUGUGACUAUGAUGGCAUGGCAGUGGUGUCCUGGACUCCUACUUACGGCACAGCAAACAUUUCCCUGACAGCCAGUGGAAAUCUUCAAGCACAAUGCGAGGCUCAGCACAACACCUGUAACUUGACAGGAUUAAGUUGCGGGGAAAGCUACAACCUGAGCCUCACUGCAAGCAACAACGAGUGCACCCUUACGUCACUUAUGUACUCAAACCUCACCACACGCCCAUGUGCACCUCAGUAUGUGAAUGCUGACCUGCAGUGUGGCUCUGACACUGCCACGCUGUCUUGGGAUGGGCAGUCUGGUGUGGAACUUUACAUGGGACGUGCCGUCACUGCUUCAGGAGAGGUGCAUUGGUGUAACUCCACAGGUUAUUCCUGUGAGUUUACAGGACUCUCAUGCGGGGAGACGUACAACUUAACUGUGACAGCAGAGAGUCAUGGCUGCCUCAGCCAAGCCAGUGACACAGUGGUCAUACACACAGAUCCUUGCCAGCCUGUGAUCAUUUCAUCUCAGGUGGUUUGUCAGAGCGAGGAUGUACAGCUUUCCUGGCAUCCAGCGAGCGGUGUCGUGCAUUACUUAAUCACAGCCACGGGAAGCCUUGGCUACGUGGAGAAUUAUAAUACAACACAGACAGGCCUGACCGCUGUCCUACCAUGCGGCCAGAACUAUAGCGUCAUCGUGCAAGGACAAGGCAGCAAAUGCAACAGUAUCCCAAGCAGCCCCGCCUUCUUCAAGACAACUCCAUGCACCCCUCAUGAUGUGACAACCUACAUACAGUGUGAGGACAGCACAGCCUCUGUUAUGUGGGGAGCAACGGACGGUGCUCUAAAAUAUGUCGCAGAAGCAAUUGGGCUUGAUGGACACGUUCACUGGUGUCACAGCAACACCACCCACUGCACCUGGGAUGACUUGCAUUGUGGGGAGCAAUACACAGUCGUGGUGAGGGCAGAGGAUGAGAACUGCACCAGCCUGAACAGCAACAGCACCGUCAUCUACAUGGAUCCCUGUUCCCCCCAGAAUGUGCUUGCAUCGGUUGACUGUUAUAUGAACGUUGUCUCUCUGAGCUGGGACACCAGUAACGGAACGAUGCUGUACGUGGUGUCAGCUGAGGCGGGAAACCAAACUGUUGAGCUUAGCACUAAUGACACCGUGGCGCAGUUCUCGGAUCUUAUCUGUGGGGGAAAUUACAGCUUCACAGUGACACCUUACGGCCACGACUGUGUGGGCAUGACCAGUGUUCUUGACUCCAUACAGAUAUGGCCGUGCCCACCUGAGGUGGUCUACACCACACAGGACUGCCAUUCUGGUAUCAUCAUGGUAGCAUGGCAACCCAGCGAUGGGGCAGCCCACUACACGGCCACCAUGGAGACAAACAGCGGCGUCUCCCAAUACUGCAUGUCAUACUCUGAUAGAUGCAGCGUUCAAGGACUGACGUGUGGAUAUAACUACUCUGUGUCGGUCACAGCUACUAAUCAGCAGUGUAACGUUACCUCCAUGGAGCCUCACAGUCUGCAGUCAGCGCCUUGCGUUCCUACUAAUGUCUCCGUGGAGAUGGACUGCGCCAACAACACUGCAGCCGUGUCCUGGUCUGUCAGUCACGGUGCAUUGCAGUACUUAGUGACAGCCUCCAGUCACUAUAGUAACGUCAGCCGCCAGACCUCUGACCUCCACUGUACACUGGUUGACCUCAUGUGUGGUAGCCGAUAUUCCAUUCAAGUGGUGGCAAUGGAUGACAACUGCUCCAGUGUUCCCAGUCAAGUCCUGGUAUUUGACUCAGCACCAUGUCCGCCCCAGAAUGUGACGACCCAGCUCAGCUGCAUGUCCAACAACUUGACAGUUUCUUGGGACUCGCUCGGAGAUGUUGAUUACUAUUUGGUGUGGGUAGAUGGCUACAUGGGAGGAAGCAGCGAGACCUUUAACACCACCAGCACGCAGUAUUCCACCACUAACUUGAUAUGCGGGAAUAACUACACUGUCCAAGUCGCGUCCAUCAGAGAGUACUGCCAGAUCAAAUCCAGUCAGUCCCACAGCGUUUUGGCAGCUCCAUGCCAACCUCAGAACAUCCAAGGAAGGCUAGAUUGCGUGACCAAUUCCGCCUGGAUCUCAUGGGAUGCCGCCGUGGGUGCUGACUGCUACAUUGUCUCAGCAUUCGGGGAAGACAACCGCAUGGCUAACUGUACCACCUUUACCAACACCACCUGCGAGGUGGAGGACUUGGCUUGUGGCGUUCUUUACAACUUCAGUGUGACUACAAAGAACAGUCAAUGUGAGAGUCAGCCUAGCACUACCAUUGACCUGCAGACUGCCCCCUGCUCCCUGGCUGGCAUCACAGCCAUCCCUCAGUGCCACAACUCCUCCAUCCUUGUCAUGUGGGAGCUCGCGGAGGGCAGCGAGGGAGACACCGUGUACACGGCCACAGCUGAAGCCAGUGACUACACAUACUUGUCUUGCAAUGGCACUGGGACCAGCUGCACCCUUAUUGGCGCCCAAUGUGAUUUCCACUACACAAUCAUCGUCGCUGCUUCAUCAGACCAGUGCAGCAGUUUGAGAAGUCCGCCUUACAGGAUAAGCAUGGAACCGUGUCCACCUAGUGAGGUAAACGUCACCGCCUACUGUGAGGAAAACAGCGCACUAGUGUCCUGGAGCCACUCCCCCGUCGCUGCAACCUACCACGUUGUUGCAAAGGCUGCAGAUGGACACAUGCACACUUGCGACGUCUCCUCCACCAACUGCAGCUUAACAGGACUCCACUGUGAUGAGCAGUAUGCUGUUUAUGUCACAUCCAGCCACGAGAACUGUACAAGUUCAGCCAGCUACAAUGUCACCCUCAACACAGGCCCCUGUCAGCCAGAUGACCUCUCAGUGACCUUACACUGCAGUAACCAGUCUGCAGUGUUGUCCUGGACCCCCAGUGAUAAUGCUGUGGACUACCAUGCCUGUGCUCAGUCAAGGAGCGGAGAUAUGCUCUACUGCCACAACACAUAUCCCACAUGUACCAUCCAGAAUCUGGAUUGCGGAGUCCUGUAUAACUUCUCUGUCCAGGCUUCGGACGGCACGUGCAACAGCUCCUUCAGCGACCCAGUUGAAAGAGGAGCAGCACCUUGUCCUCCAGAUGCUGUUCAGAUGCAGCCUGGGAUCAUAUACAUGGACGUACAGAUAUUGAUGUUUAGCUGGACGGACACAGGCUGCACGGAUACGGAGUACCUGCUGAUUUUAACAGGGAACCUGCUGGGUGACGACCAAACUCAGUUUGAGCUAUCAUCCUACUGGACCAACAGGAUAUUAUUUGAGAUUCCACUUCCCUGCGGGUCAUGGUACUCGGCUACUGUGGAGAGCAGAAACAUAGCUGGAACCAGUGACGCAUCUGUACCUCUUAAUGGAACAACAGCCCCGUGUCCGCCAUUGAAUGUGAUCUACAGUAACAACAACGUGGUCGCCACAGUUUCCUGGGACUCAUCAGUGUUUGCCACCACAUACACUGUGUACAUGCAAACUAUUUCACUCGGUUCCCAGCUGUGCUCCACCCCAGGCUUGUCCUGCUCCCUGCCCCCCAGCAUCACCUCUGCAGAGCUCCUGAUCACAGCCAGUAAUACAUAUGGAGAAAGCGAAGGAGCGAGCGUCACGACUGUGAUUCCUCAUGUACGCAGGAGAAGAGACCUAAAUGAGAAUGAAGUCCUGUCAGCCCCUGUGGUGCAGGCCACAGUGGCAAAUUCAACCGUCAUUGCUGCCGAGUGGUCCCAAGUCGAUGCUGCCAUUGAUUACAAGCUGAUGAUCACUCAACAGGGCGUUUCUGAGGGUCCACAGGAACUAACAGUGAUCGGGGAAAGCAUCAUUCUCGCCGAUCUGAGCCUCAACUCUACUUACUGCCUCACGGUGUCGGCAAGGAACAAUACCAAUGUGGGACCGGCGUCGGAACCUGUUUGUUUGCAAACAAGCUUGACCCACUGACAUGUCCACACUGUACAUCUGAUCAUGGGUUUUAGCUUAGACCUGCUGCAACACAGGAAGUUCUUUUUCUGACUAGCAAUUGCACAUGAUAUGGGCUGAAGUAUUCAACCACAGCACUUACUGUAAUUGUUUAUUCAUACUGAUAAAGUGAUUGACACCACUUUUAAAAGGAUGUUACACUUUUUAUGCUUGGGUAGUCCCUGAACGGUCCCACUCAUGAAAGCAUUUUAAAAAAUUAUAUUAAAUCUUUUCAACAAGUUUUUCAAAAAUAUAUUUUUUCAUGAUUUUAUUUUUUUCGUCAUAAGAACAUCAACAUAUAAAAACACAAGAUAUGUCAUAUUUUCCAAAGUGGAACUUUUGGGGUGAGGUUAUUCCUAAGGCUGCAACUAACAAUUAUUAACAAAAAUGUUGAUGUCUUCCAAUGUCAAAUUUAUAUGUGAAUAUUUUGUUUUGCUGAAAACACAAAAAUUGGCCCUGUGUAUUCUGCCAUGGAUGACUAAGGCCAUUUUAAAAAAUAACAUUUAAGAAGCUGAUAUUUUUAAGUAAAAAAAAAUAAAAACUAGCAAAAUGUUUGAUUAAUUGGCUAAUUGAUGAAUCAUAAAUUGUUGCAGCACUGGAUAUUACAGCCUAUGGUGGGGUGACCAAAGUGCAGCUUGGGGGCCAUUUACGACCAGGGGACUCAUUGUACAACUAGUUGACCAAAAAAGCCCCAGCAAAAACUGAAUAGAGCAACAAGGCACAAUAUAAAUAAAAAAGGCAAAAAUGUUGAUAUUACUAAUAACACAAAGCGUUGUGGUUGAACUUUACAAAUGAAAAAUCACGGCAUGUUUCAUAACUAACAAAACUGAAGAAAUGCAUUGGUAAUCACAUCGAAUUUACUGGACAAGAUUAUGAGUCAAGCUAAGUGACCCCUGACCUCACAAAUGUGCUCCAAAAUAUUUGAAGCCGUUGAAGUGUCAUGACCGGUAUUUUUGUCUAUACUGUGUACUGAAUUUACACUACAAGAAAUGGCAGGUAACAGAUUGGAAUAAGUCUAAUGUGCUGUUUCACAAAACAGAAAAGCUACUGCUAUACUGCUUACUAGCUGAGGUUUUUAUCAUUUGGGUAGGUAAUAUUUCAAAUAGCUGUAUAUUGAAAAUUUAGAGUAUUUUUCAAUAUGUUCUAAUAAAAAACAUCAUUAAAUAAUAUA